AUGGAGGCCAUCUCCACCGAUCCGCCCCGCAGGGCCCGACGAUCAUCCAUCUCGGGCCACAUCCACCGCGUCUUUAGCAAAUCCAUGGAUAAAAGGCAAAGUCAAAAUGGCCAAUUUGUCCCUCCAGUUCCCUUUCUCGCCCGCGAAGCUCUCGCACAUGAGGCGGCAACCGACAAUACUUCCCAUGCGAGGCACUCUUUGUACGAUGAGACCGGGCCUAGCUCGGUCUCUUACUACUCUAACUCACGUUUGCCCUCGACCGGUACACCUGGAUCAAGUCUAUCAGUCGCAAACAGGGCCUCCAUGGAAAAUGAUACUCCGACCCAACAAAUGAUACCCUCACCCAGCCGUCCCAACGAAGAUGUAGAUAAAAUCUGCAAAUCGCCAACUUGGGACCAACCCCAAAAAAAGGAAAAGCGUGUCACGAAGCGCCUGGAACUCGAGAGAAAGGAACUCGGGAAGCGGUUGCUAGCGCUUGAGGAUGCCCAAUCCAAGGCCGACCUCGGAGUCCAUGAAAGGUCUUCUCGCCGUCUGACCAAGAAACAACCCGUGAGCAGCUCAAGUAGAAGCUCCAGUGCAAAUGCAGAGCGUUCGAGAUCGUCAAGUGGCCUGUCCUCACUAUUCCGGCGAUCACGCCGGAACUCCAAAUCGAGUGAGCAAGACUUUCCGUCUCCCGAGUUCAGCCAGCUUAGGACAGAUACAAUCCCACCCUCUCUGCCUUUAACUCUACCGGAAAGGUUUGGAACGGCCAUCACCCGAGAGCUACAGUCCAAGCAUGGCACCGCAUUAAAUCUAUCCGCCUCGCACAAAAUAUCCAACCCAACCCAGCACAACCGUUUGCACGCCUCGGCAAAGUCUGAUGAUCUUCGUGAGAACUGGAAGAUGGCUGAAGCCUGGAAGACAAAGGAUGGACGCGAGGCUAGCCAGUCAGUGUCGGAGCAAAUCCCCAACGGUAGUCGGUCCAAGAUUGGAAAUGGUGCUCGAACCGGCGAGACACUAGCAGCCUCGGCCGAUCUAGAUAGGGACUUGUUUUCCGCAGCUCUGAAGCAUGACAGGAAGAGUCUGCCUGCGGUGGAUAAUUCUCUUGAUCGUGUGACUGGCCAUGACCGUUCUGUCAGGGCUACGAGCAUGCCAACGUCGCAAAGUAUGAGCCAGCCUAACUUCCACUCGUUCGGUCAUCCUGAUUUGCCCGCCCAAGUUACCACGGCUCGUCAGUUGCAGGAGUUAACACCUCCAGAAAUUUCAGACAAUCCAUCCAUUCCAUCCAGUGCCAGGCCGUAUCCACCACCACUCAACCCAGCACUAAUACUUGCUAGAAAGAGCCGAGUGGAUCCCUUCCCGCGAGCAUACAAGUCGUCCCCCCUUGCGCUGAGUCCUACAAACACGGAUGAAUCGUCUCAGAAUGAUUCCAAGAUUCCAAGACCACAAGACCUUGACCAUGGGAACCCAUCCCAACCACUACAAUCCCCCGCUCAAUUUCAUCUCGAGGAUCGGGGAAGAAGCCGAUUGCCUAUUGCUUCAUCACACACCCCCAAAAGAACUUCAAGUCGUUUCAAGGAAAACUUUCAAGAAACCCCACAGUCGAUUGAACUGCCCCAGAUCCCAGUUAAGAGCGAUAGACGGAGUCUUGAGAUUCGGAGAAUGCCAACCACGUCAACCGAUACGCUCAAAGACAUCCCGGCGUCUCCUUUCCAGGUAGCCGUCAGAUCUCCAUUCCAUACAGGUAGUGUUUCGCCCAGCGAGAAAAACAAUCGAACAUCUAAAGACCUUUCAGAUGGCAGUCACACUGUUCCUGCGAGAUCUCCCCGUCGAGCUUCUCGGACUUCCACCGAGCUCCCUGGAAAUGUCCCCGUUGUUGGAGGACCUGGAGGGUUCAUACGUGGACAUAGCCGCACUCCCUCACACACCUCCUCCCAUGACGGUCAUUCUAAUUAUGACACUGCUGACGAAGAUGCACCUGAAUCUCCUGGAUUCAGUCGCAACCCGCUGACUCGCGUGGAUACCACUCCCUCGAUCUCUGCCGUUGAAGUGCCAGUCGUACAGGAAGCCCCCGUUAGCCCACUCAUUCAACCCAGCACCCAACUCAGCAACCAGCCUGUCUUUCAGCUUAUCCAACAGCCUGGCUCUCAUCCCGAUACUUGUCGCGGCAUACAGUACGGCUAUCAACCUAGCUCCCAACCUGGCACUCAGUCUGGCAUUCAUCCCGGCAUGCAACCCAGCACCCAACCCAGCAGCACCCAAAGCCGACCAGUUUCAAUGAGCAUUCUCAAAAGAAGAUCCCAAAAAGCAAAAGCAGCCCACAGCCCACAAACCAUCGCCAAGAUCUUCGUCAUCUGUUGCCGCUGCAAGUACUGGCACGAUCUACCCUCCGAAGUCUAUGCGCGUCUCGCCUGCCCCGAGCGUCUAGGCUCAGAUUCCAAACUGGGAGGGUCCCGCUCAAAGAAGCAACCCGACAAUGGUAUGCGCAAGUUAACAGGAUCACGAUCGCUGCCGUUCGGCCAGUUCCCAGCUCCCCAUCCUACCCAUGGCAUACCCGAUCUACGGCCUGCACCUCUUCUACCUCGCAAGGUGACCUGUUGCUGGUGUGGCCACAACAUGAGCCGAUCUUGCUGUGAGGGUUGGACCACUGUUGUUGAGAUGCGUGAGCGUCAUCAUUGA